AUGCUUAUAUUUCUAUUGAUUAUUGUAAUUACAAGUGGAACAGAAAGUAUUAAUAAUAAAGAAGAAAGAAAUAGAGAAGUAACACAUAUACAAAUAGAACCAAAACAACACAAAAUAAUGUAUAAUGGAUAUAAUAUACAAUUAAAAGGGGGAGAUAUAUCUGAAGCAGCCAAACAUUCAGUAGAAGAACAAGUAUCUCAAGAAAUACCUACAGAAACAAAAGUACAAGAAGAAGUUGGAAAUCAUAAUAAAGAAAGGAAAGAAAAAGAAAUAGAUGGGACUAGUGUAAUAAGUCCUGAAAGUUCAUCAAGUGAUGAAAAAAGUAAAGAAGGAACAGGAAGUAUAAAAUCAGGUCAACAAACAUCGACAAAUGAACUGCCUCAUACAACUGCACCAAAUACACAAACAAACACGAACGAAGAUAGUCAAGCAGAAAGAAAAGAUCCAAUAAGUACAUCAACAACCACAACAAAAGACAUAACCAAACUAUCAAAUGGAGCUGAUACAUUAUCGAGUGGAAUAAGUGGGAAAGAACAAGGAACAACAGAUACAACACAAUAA